AUGGAACCAUUCGUAAUAGCUAUCAUAGCAAUUGUCUGCACGCUCACCGUAUUUACAACGUUGACAAUAUUGUGCCGAGUGGCUGCAGGAAGGGAAGCGUUUGGAAGCGGUGGCGGCGGCGGUGGUUUUGGCCACGACAGCCACCGUCAUUUUGACGGGGGAAUGGUGAUGGGUGGGAUUAUUGGGGACACCGCUGUUGGUGUGGGUGGUGAUGGAAUGAUGGGUGGGAUUAUUGGGGAGACUGGUGUGAGUGCGGGUGGAGGAGGAGCUUGUGGUGGUGGUGGUGGUGGAGGGGGAGGGGGAGGAUGUGGUGGUGGAGGAGGAGGAGGAGGAAGUGUGUGUUAA